AUGCACCGGGUGGUUGUAACAGGAAUGGGCGCUAUCUCUCCAUUUGGGGUUACAGUAAAUGCCUUGAAAAAUGGUUUGAAUGAAGGGAGAAGUGGUUUGAAAUACGAUGAAGCACUGAAAUUCGUAGUCGGAUCGGUACCCGGAGAACGAGUAGAAGAUCGGUGGGCAGCUGGUCAACAAAGAGAAAUGAGUAGGGCCAGUAUGUUUGCAUUAGUGGCAUCAGAUGAGGCUUUAUCACAAGCAAAUGCUCAAAAUCUCGAUCACGAUGAAACUGCAGUGAACAUUGGAACAUGUAUGUCAGAUCUCGAACAUAUUGGAGAGACAGCACAAAAAGUAGCAGAAGGCCAAACUAGAAGAGUUUCUCCAUAUUUCGUUCCACGUAUUCUGAAUAAUCUUCCUGCUGGAUACGUUGCUAUGAAGUACAAAAUGAGAGGUGGAGUAGAAGCCACGUCAACAGCAUGUGCGACCGGUCUACACUGCAUCGGAAACGCUUUCCAAUCGAUCCGUUAUGGAAACUCUCGACGAGCUCUCGCUGGUGCUGUUGAAUGUGCUUUAAACCCCAUUGCAUUGGCAGGUUUCGAUAGGAUGAGAGCGUUGGCCAGAGGAGAUCAACCAUCAAUCAGUCGACCAUUUGAUAAGAGAAGAGCUGGAUUUGUGAUGAGUGAAGGGGUUGGAGUCGUAUUUUUGGAGCGGUUAGAGGAUGCAGAAGCACGAGGGGCGCAGAUUCUCGCAGAAGUUUUGGGAUAUGGUAUUUCUUCGGACUGUUAUCACAUAUCCACGCCAGAUCCAUCUGCAAUUGGAGCAGUUCUUUCAAUGCGGAGAGCACUAGGAAAUGCGAGUUUAGAUCCUGUUCAGAUUGGAUAUGUGAACGCCCAUGCUACAUCCACACCAAACGGGGACUCGGUAGAAACUGAAGCUGUUCGUAAAGUGUUUCCAAAUCAAAAUAUAGCAGUUAGUAGUAUCAAAGGACACAUCGGACAUCUUCUCGGAGCAGCUGGAUCCGUUGAAGCUAUCGCGACGAUUUGCGCGAUGAAUGACAACGUUUUGCCGGGAAAUCGAAAUUUAGAAGAGAGUGAAGAAGACGAAGGACUGAAUCUACUCAGGAACAAUUCAAAAUGGGUGGAUGGGCAUCCCAAAAUUUCAAUUUGCAACUCAUUUGGAUUUGGAGCCACUAAUGCUAGUCUUAUUUUGAAACAGUUUUAG